UUCCUUUACAGCAUUACUGAAGACAACGUCUUUGGCCAACAUUUCCUCACGAUGCAAGUCCCAUUGAUCAGACUGCAAUGUGGAGCCAACUGCUACGAUUGGGGCAAGAAAGGCCAAUCUUCAGCAGCUGCCAAAUUCGCUGCAGCAACGCCAGCCGAUGGCUUCACGAUCAAAGAUGACAAGCCAUACGCAGAGUUAUGGAUGGGCACUCACCCCUCUAACCCUUCGAAAGACGUCCAAACACAACGAACCCUCCUCGACCUUGUCCAAGAAAAUCAAGCUCUGAUGGGGACGGAGAUCAACGAGAAGUUCGGACACAAAUUACCCUUCCUCUUUAAAGUCCUCUCAAUCGGCAAAGCUCUCAGCAUCCAGGCACAUCCAAACAAGAGGCUCGCAGAGCAAUUGCACGCAAAGGAUAGCAAGAACUACCCAGACGACAACCACAAACCUGAGAUGACAAUUGCGAUUACGCCUUUUGACGGAUUAUGUGGCUUUCGGCCUUUGGCAGAGAUAUCGCAUUUCUUUUCCACGGUGCAGGCGUUGAGGAAGUUGGUGGGGGAGAAGGCUGUCGACGAGUUCCAGUCGGCGGUCAAGGGUAAAGAAACAUCGGAGAAGAAGGCAGACGAAGAGACAAACAAAAAGGCGCUACAAAAGUUAUUUGGCAUUUUGAUGAACUCGCAGAAGGAAGAUGUAGAAAGGGCUAGCAAGGAGUUGAUUGCCGAGGCAGAGAAGAACGGAGCAGAGUUCGCUGGUAAUGGAGGUCCAUCAAAUGAUGGGCAAGAGUUGGUAGACUUGGUGGUGAGGCUAGACAAACAGUUUCCAGGAGAUAUCGGACUCUUUGUGCUAUUCUUCCUCAACUACGUCAAGUUGGAGGUUGGUGAGGCAAUGUUCCUGAAGGCGGAUGACAUCCAUGCAUAUCUAAGCGGCGACAUCAUCGAGUGCAUGGCCGCAUCCGACAAUGUUGUCAGAGCUGGAUUUACACCGAAGUUCAAGGACGUCGACACCUUGAUCUCGAUGUUGACUUACUCCUACGCACCGAUCUCGGAACAGAAGAUGGAUCCCGUCGAUUACCCAUACGUUACCUUGAAUGCAACGGCAUACUCUUCAGGCUCAGAAGCAACACUCUACGAUCCUCCGAUUGAAGAGUUCAGUGUCGUGAAGACGGAUCUCAAGAAGAGAGGAGCGAAGGCAACCUUUGAACAGAUUGCUGGACCGAGCAUAUUCAUCUGCACUUCUGGCCAUGGGAAGAUCAGUGUUGGACCGACGAGUGGAGAGGUGAAGCCUGGACAUGUGUAUUUCGUGGGAGCUACUGCAGAGGUAGUCCUUGAGAGUGAGGAUACAGAGUUUACAACAUUUAAGGCUUUCUGCGAAUUGCAUGACAAGGAAGAUGGGAAGGAAAAGCUUUGA